AUGCAGCCUGCUCGUGUAGUUUCAUUCGAACACCGCCGCUCGAAGUAUGGUGUCGAUCCUCCGCCUUACAAUCAGAUCAUUCCCCAGUCUCAACGUCCGCGAGGUCGACCGGCCGCCUCUACAUUGUCUAUAUCUCGUUCUCCUCUGCCUUCAUUGACGGACACAAAGUCUAGGACCUCAAUACAUUCCGUUCCCAUGUCAUUCACUGCAUCGGCUGGCAUAGAGCUAGGGCACAGAAGGCCCGGCGAACUUACUCGAAGGAGGCUGUCGGAUGCAGGCCGAGCACCACUCGAUCUUAUGGGAGAUGAAUGGGAGCUGGGCUCACGACCACAAGUUGGCUCACCCGAAAGGCAAAAGCCGGCGUCCACUCGUGAACGAGUGACUAAGGCCGUCACGAAUGUCCUCGGUACGACAGCUGAAGUUGCGCACGAGCUUCUGGCAGAAGGAGAAUGCCUACUCGAGUUUGCCCCGAUCCCCGGUCUGGCGAUUGUAGCAAGGUCAUUGCUCGCGAUCUGGGAUGCUUAUCGUGCUUUUAAGCACACUCAUUCAGCUUGCGAGGCUUUGACGGAUCGGUGUGCUGUCAUCCUUCUUUUUGUGCGGAGGGAAAUUUCACGAGCUGGCGAUCGCAUUGCAGCAGAUCUCAAGCCUUCUAUCAAAAGUCUUGAGGAAUCGUUCGGAGUGGUGCGCGGAUAUUUAGAGGAACAAAGCCAGAAAUCACUCCUUAAACGGUUUGUGGAGCGUGAGGAGAUCCGAGCAAAAAUUCAAGAAUGCCACCAAGGCCUCACGGAUGCCCUGGCCAUGUUUGGGGUUGCCAUCCAGUUCCGGAUCCUACAGCAGGGCGAGAAGCCCGGAGAGCUGCUACGGGAUGCCAUAUACGAACGGCCAGAAUACAUCAAUACCCAGCAAUCCUCCACGUUGAUUGACAUGGCUUCCCUCGAUUGCACAGAGCCAUCGGGCUCGAUUAGUCUCCCAGGUGACCCGGACGACCAGACAGCAGGCAUGACGCACGAGCAGAUUCGCAACUACUUAGCUGCCGCAGACGCACGGCAGCUCACUUGGGAUCUCGCGCAGGAUAGGGUCGAAAUGUGGAAACUGAUGGAAAAGGUGCUGGCGGAGGAGAGUCUGACAGAGACGGAAAUUAUCGAAACCUUUCAAAUCGGGCGUGAUGAAAUACCCGAAACCAUUGCGAUGUUGCAGGAAGCCUUGGCGCACGAGUCCAAGUCCGAGAUAAAGAUGAGGGCCAUGACCCAAGACGUCUCAACCGACGCGGUAAAACACUCUAGCGCCGUUGGGACGUCUAUGUCCGCUCCAUACUCGUCGCGCACGAAGCAGGCCGAGGACCUGCAGGAAUUCGAAAUGGUCUUGAGGGAUCGAGACCGCAGAUUCAUUGAAGUGGGGCUCAAGGCUUUGAGCAGUGUGCAGCAGUCACUGCCGAGUUGGGCAAUUAUGGAGUACGAGGUCAUCCGCGACGAGAGGAUUGGCAUCGGAUACUACUCCGAUGUGUAUAAAGGCAUGUGGCGAAAUCGUUCGGUUGCAAUCAAAGUCCUCGGGAAGGCGGUCCCACAAGAAUUGUUCAUGAAUGAGGUCGAAGUCUGGAAAGAGCUCAGCCAUCCCAAUGUAUUGGAGUUCCUGGGUGCAUCAUUCCUCACAAGCGAUCCACCGUGGUUUUUCGUCAGCCCGUAUAUGAAGAAUCGCGACCUAGUAUCGCACCUCAAGAAGCUGCCAAGUCUCGACUCAAUCAAUCCAUUUAAGAUGAUUCACGAGAUCACACGAGGUAUGGCGUAUCUGCACAGGGAACAAGUGUUACACGGUGAUUUGAAGGGUACAAAUGUCUUAAUCGACGACCAGGGUGUGUGUGUCAUCGCGGAUUUUGGCCAGAGCAAGAUGAAGUCAGGACGCAUUCGGGAAAUUCAAGCCACAAACGGCUUAGGCGAUCAUCAAAGCGCCAGUACUGCCUCGCGUCUCAACAUGAGCAAAACCAAUCAGGACUACCCGGUGAGAAGGAAAGCCAUCAGACAUGAUCAUGAAGCUCUGCGAUGGCAGGCGCCAGAGCUCAUGGCAGGCAGGUGCGAAAUGACGCAGCAGACCGAUGUCUAUGCAUUUGCGAUGUGCUGCAUCGAGAUCCUUGGGAAGGGUGAGCCGCCGUGGUCAGCCAAGGACGACAACGCCGUGCGCCAGUUUGUGCUCAGAAAAAAGACGAGACCCAAGAUUCCUCAAAUCGCCGAGAGAUGGAUGCCUUAUGUUGAGAGCGUCAUCAAAUCCUGCUGGGAUCAUGACCCGUCUGUUCGGCCUUCGUUUGAGAAGUUGGUCCGUGAUAUUGGGCAGCAUCGUCUUCUCCUGGACACGGAUACGAAAGAUCUCGAGGAAUCCAAAGGGUGGUUCGGUCAUUCCUCGUAUCUUUAUGUUGUAUUGGUAAUCCUGUUCCUCUUUCUUAUUUCUGUAACCCACGCUGGCAUCGAUUUUGUAUCGUAG